AUGUAUUUGGGGUACAAAAUUUAUAAAAGUGGUUAUUUACUGUUCUUAGAGUCACACGCUUUGAAAGACAUAACCUUGUCCGACCUUUGUGGUCAACCUUUGUGCCGGCGAGGCAGCCGGCGGGCCGACCCGUCUGCCGUCAAGGAAAGUGCUAAACACCAAAGGCGGAGAACCCUGCGGCACCUACGUGAGGAACGGGAGGAACGCCCAGAUGAGCAGUUCCGUCCCGUUCCUCCGAUGCCGAAUGACCUACCGAGGAGCACUCAGACCCUCGUCCGUCGCCUCGCGACCAACACUGCCCUCUCCCCGGCGCUGCGCCAUAAGUUCUUGAGCGACGACCCCCACGAGGGGGCGUGUCGCCGGUGCCGCAGGACCGCGACGGCUGCCUUUGUUGUCUGGGAGUGCAAGCGUCAUGCUCGCCUUCGGAAAACGAAACUGGAGGAACUCCCAGACGAGAUCCGUCCGGCGACGUACGUCGAUUGGAUUUUGCCCACCAGUCGUGACAGGACGAUCGUCUUCCUGCUGUGGACAAAGCUGGCGGAGUUCGUCUACGACGACGGCGGCCCCGGCGGACGAUUUUGCAGCAGCAAAAGGCGCUGGGACCAACACCCACCCACACCGCCGUGACGGCAAUGGCGGAUCCUUAGGCCCGCACCGAUGCAGGCGACAAUGGUGCAUUAUAUGUGUGUAUG